CCCGGGGGCUUUCAGAGGACGGUGAGGUGCGGGUUGAUCGGAGUGAAGAAGGGGAUGACCCUUGCCUGGGACGACAACUCGGUCGGACAUCCAUUGACCCUGAUCCACAUCCCGGACAACCAGGUUAUCCAAGUGAAGACUCCUCAGAACGAGGGAUACACGGGACUGCAGAUCGGGGCUGUCAACCAGCUUGCUAAGCGCAUGCCGAAAUCACUUCUACUUCAUUUCCAGAAACACUCAGUAGUUCCCAAGAAGAAGGUCCACGAGUUCCGCGUCACUGAGGACGCCCUGCUGGAGACCGGCACUUGCCUUACUGCGUCUCACCUAGUCGCGGGCCAGUACGUGGACAUCACGGGGAAGAGCAUCGGGAAGGGCUUCCAGGGUGCGAUGAAGCGCUGGGGCUUCGGUGGUCAAGGAGCGUCACACGGAGCCUCCCGGUCCCACAGAUCGCUGGGCUCCACUGGGCACCGCAAGUCGCCAGGUCGAACUUUCAAGAACAAGAAAAUGCACGGGCACAUGGGAAAUAAGCAAGUCACCGUCCUGGGCUUGCUGGUCUACGCUGUUGAUCCUCUAAACAACCUCAUCGCCGUUCGUGGGUCCGUUCCUGGCUCAAAGGAAGGAUAUGUCUUCAUUCGAGACGCCAUCCGCAUGCAUCACUGGAAACACAACCAAGCCCUGAAACUUCCGAUCCCCACAGCACCGGAGAGCCUCGAGCCGCCUCCUGCGGAAGUACGAGUUACACCUACG